GUUGACUCGGCAGUCAGUAGGCGAGCGAGGCGCUCCAAGACUGGUGCUUCCGUUGCGGGAAAAUAAAUCGUUUAAAAUAUCUCAACUGUGGGUGUGCUAGUCUUCGUGGAUAUACAUUUGUACAUAUGCAUCUGAGAAGUGUGCGCGAAAUGGGCGCUGCAUUUAGAAAAUUCAAUUAGUUCCGAGUGUCUUGAGGUAAACAGGAAUUUGGAGAACAGAGCAAUGCAUCUGUGUCCAGCUAAAACCUAUGCAAUCAUAUUCGCCAUCAUCGAGGCGAGCCUUGCCCUUGGUGGCGACGGUCGCAAUGAAAUCACCGUGGGUGCCAUUUUCUAUGAAAACGAGAAGGAGAUCGAACUCAGUUUCGAUCAGGCAUUUCGCGAGGUCAACAACUUGAAGUUCGCCGAUCUGCGGUUUGGUACCAUCAAGCGUUUUAUGCCCACCAACGACAGCUUUCUCCUGCAGCAAGUUACGUGUGAACUGAUUUCCAAUGGCGUUGCGGCUAUUUUCGGACCAAGUUCAAAGGCAGCUAGUGAUAUUGUGGCGCAAAUCGCGAACACGACCGGCAUUCCCCACAUAGAGUUCGAUUUGAAGUUGGAGGCCACCCGCCAGGAGCACCUGAACCACCAGAUGACCGUCAACGUGGCUCCCUCCCUCUCCGCGUUAUCCCGGGCCUACUUUGAGAUCAUCAAGACCAACUACGAGUGGCGAACCUUCACGCUAAUCUAUGACUCGCCAGAGGGGCUGGCUCGCCUACAAGACCUGAUGAACAUUCAAGCUGUAAACAGUGAUUACAUCAAGCUUCGCAAUUUGGCGGACUACACUGACGAUUAUCGAGUCCUGUGGAAAGAGGCAGACGAGACCCUCCAUGAGCAGCGCAUAAUUUUGGACUGUGAGCCGAGCACAUUAAAGGAGCUGCUAAAGAUUUCCGUAGGCUUUAAGCUGCAAGGUCCCUUUAGGAACUGGUUUCUCACGCAUCUGGACACGCACAGCUCGGGACUGAGGGAUAUUUACAAUGCAGACUUUAAGGCCAACAUUACCUCAGUGCGAAUUAAAACAGUGGACCCCAAUCCUUUUGAAAGGAAGAAGACCCGAAUUACCAAGGUGGACCAAAUAUUGGGAAACCAGACCAUGUUGCCCAUACUCAUCUUCGAUGCUGUGGUCCUUUUUGCCAGCUCCGCCCGAAAUGUACUGGCCGCCGUGCAGCCCUUUCAUCCGCCCGAUCGGCACUGCAGCAGCCCCUCUCCGUGGGUUCUGGGACCCUACAUCGUCAACGAAAUGAAGACGAUCUCUGAGGACGACGUGGAGCCGCGCCUCAAGACCGAGAACUUAAAGCUAAACGAGUUCGGGCAGCGCACCCACUUCAACCUCGAGAUCUACAAGCCGACCGUGAACGAGCCCAUGAUGGUCUGGACGCCCGACAGCGGAAUCAAGACCCGGCGACUCAGCCUGGAACUGGACAGCGGCAGCUCCACCCAGGAUUUCUCGGAGCAGCGCAGGGUGUACACUGUGGUAACGCACUACGAGGAGCCUUACUUUAUGAUGAAGGAGGACCACGAAAACUUCAGGGGCAGGGAAAAGUACGAGGGGUACGCGGUGGACCUCAUAGGAAAGCUCUCCGAGCUGAUGGAGUUCGACUAUGAGUUCAUGAUCGUCAACGGCAACGGAAAGUACAAUCCAGAGACCAAGCAAUGGGAUGGGAUCAUUCGCAAGCUGAUAGACCACCAUGCCCAAAUAGGAGUGUGUGACCUGACAAUCACCCAGCUGCGACGUUCCGUAGUGGAUUUCACGGUGCCCUUCAUGCAGUUGGGCAUUAGCAUUUUGCACUACAAGAAACCUCCGGAACCGAAAAACCCGUUCGCCUUCUUGGAGCCCUUUGCUCAAGAUGUCUGGAUUUACAUGAUCUUUGCACAGUUGGUGAUGACUUUGGCCUUUGUCUUCAUCGCCAGGCUCUCCUACCGCGAGUGGCUGCCACCCAACCCCGCCAUCCAGGAUCCAGAUGAGCUGGAAAAUAUAUGGAACGUACACAACUCGACUUGGCUAAUGGUGGGCUCCAUUAUGCAACAGGGUUGCGAUAUACUACCGAGAGGUCCCCACAUGCGAAUUCUCACCGGAAUGUGGUGGUUCUUCGCCCUGAUGAUGCUCAGUACCUACACGGCCAACUUGGCCGCCUUCCUGACCAGCAACAAGUGGCAGAGCAGCAUCAAGAGCCUGCAGGACCUUAUCGAGCAGAACGAGGUGCAUUAUGGCAGCAUGAGUGGCGGCAGCACCUCGCUGUUCUUCUCCGAAUCGAACGACACGGAAUACCAACGGGCUUGGAACCAGAUGAAGGACUUCAACCCGUCCGCCUUCACCACCACGAACAAGGAGGGGGUGGAGCGGGUGCGCAAGAAGCAGGGCGACUACGCCUUCCUCAUGGAGACGACCAGUCUGACGUACAACGUCGAGCGGCACUGCGACCUAACCCAGAUCGGCGAGCAGAUCGGGGAGAAGCACUACGGCCUAGCCGUGCCCCUGGGGGCCGACUACCGGACCAACCUCAGCGUGUCCAUACUCCAGCUGAGCGAGAAGGGCGAGCUGUACAAGAUGAAGAACAAGUGGUGGAAGAACCACAACGUCACCUGCGAGGCCCUCCACGAAGUGGACGGGGACGAGCUGUCCAUCAUUGAGCUGGGCGGCGUUUUCCUCGUCCUGGCCGGCGGCGUUCUAACCGGCGUGAUCCUGGGCAUCUUCGAGUUUCUGUGGAACGUGCAGCACGUGGCGGCGGAGGAGCGGGUCACCCCGUGGCAGGCCCUGAAGGCAGAGCUCGCCUUCGCCAUCAAGUUCUGGGUCCGCAAGAAGCCGAUGAGGAUCUCCGGCAGCAGCGAGAAGUCUUCGUCGAGGCGGUCGUCGGGGUCGAGACGCAGCUCCAAGGAGAAGACCCGCAGCAAGACGGUCAGCUAGGAGCUCGCAAACCACUGUCUUCGUUCUCACUGUGGCAUAUUAAUAAAGAGAUCGGAACAAUCCGCAGCUCGUCCGCUA